AGCCCGAAAGAAGGACCCAAGCAGCCACCGACGUCCCCCUUUCAAAAAUUGGCAAAAAGCUUGAAAUUUCUCCUUUCCUUCUUGUUCAAGAACAAGCUUUAGGACUUAGAACUCUCUCUCUCAACCCAGAAAUUCCAGAUCUGCUCUGCUCUUCCUCCCCUGUCCGUCGUUGCUGCUAUGUACGAAUUUCUGGGCAUUUUUCUGCACCGUGAGUCUUCCCUGCAGAUUUGCCACUGGCCUCUUCCCCUCGCCAGAUCCGGUUCUGCAGCUGGAAAAUUUUGGGUAAGUUGACAGCUCCUCCAAGUCCAAAUUAUCCAUGUAGUUGCUGCCUUGUGUUGAUUGGAUUUUCUGCUUUUGAAUUGCCCUUUUUGCUGUCCGAAAAUGAGAGAAAUUUAGGUGAAAUUGUGCUGGAAGGUGGAAUGAAUUUUGGUAGCUUUAAGUGGGUUUUUGUUUAAUUUAAGUGGAGGUUAGCUUGAGUUGGUUGCGGUGAUGUUAAUUGUGGAAGAAUCCUAUGACAUUCCAUGACUUGCUGUUUUUGGCCAAAGCUCGGUUUCUCCAUGGCUGUCUGUCGAAUUGGAAACCAUUUAUAUGUGUGAUUGUGUAUAUAUAUAUAUACACACAAUCCGAUUGUGAUGCCCAAAAUUGGAUGAAAUAAAUAAAUAAAGAAAAGAAAUAAAAUUUCCUUAUGGGCUUAAUUGUCGGUAACAUUAGAAAGGAUUAAAUAGGUAGUUUUUAUAUGGAUAUUAAUUCUGGAAUAUUUUGGCUAGGUUCUUGAAUAUUCUAUCACCUUAGCACUUGGAGUGAGUCUUCGGUUUUGUGCAAAUGAGUGGGAGUUUGUAAACGCUGGCACAUGUCGACAUGUUUACUGAUAUGACUGGUUCAUUCUGUAAUCCUACCGAUGGGAUAAUACAUUGGUAAUUACUGACGCCUGCCAAUGGGAGUUUGUUAAACACUGGUACCAUUACUGACGCCUGCUAGUGGGAGUUUGUUAAAUACUGGUACUUCUGUAACCUUGCCAAUGGGGUUAAACAUUGGUUAUUACUAACGCCUGCCAGUGGGAGUUUGUUAAACACUGGCCAUGACUUAUAGAUGAGACUACUGAUGAAUUUUACUAUGCAUGAAUGGUUUAUCAUUGAACGCUUUGCUAUUGAACUGGAUUUGAUUCUGCAUUAAUGGUUUGUCAUUGAACGCUUUGCUAUUGAACUGAAUUUGAU